AUGGCGCUAGCAAAUGGCAACUAUUUCAGACUUUCAAAUGUAUUUCCUGAAAUUUCAUUAUUUGUACUAAGUAACUUUUUCAUAUUUAACUUAGGUGACGCCUUCGCUUGCACAACGACAGAGGGUGUACUCGUUUAUGCCCUUGAUUCGGCUGGAAUCGGCGGCUCUCUACGUGUAGCAUGGCCGAGAGAUUCAAGCCACGAGGAAUCCUAUAAAGAUUUAGAAGAGGAAGUUUUCAAUCCCACUGGCAUUGAUGAUACCAUCACCCCAACUGCAGCAAGAGAUGCAUCUUUGGCUGGUGAACAUGCCGUUGCGCUUGAUGCAGCACUUCGUCUUCGCCAAUACAAUCUUAUCAAGGAGGUGAUUGAAGCUGUGCCUACUCGCCAGAAUAGAUCCUGA